UAGGGUAAAAAAAAAUUAAAAAAAAAUAAUAUAUCAAGCCUCAUCUUCUUUAUACACCACCACAUAUCUCUAUAUAAACCCCCUUCAUUAACACACACUUUUCUCCCCCACCACUCCGACAACUAACCAUGGCCGCCACCACCACCACUCUCCUCCUCCUGAUCGCCGCCGUGGCUCUGCUGAUCUCGCCGGCCGUUUCUCUCACCUGCACGUCGCAGACAUUUUCCCGGAGCGCCGCCAAGUUCGCAAACUGCGUGGAUCUUCCAACCCUAAAGGCCUACCUCCACUGGACCUACGACCCGGCUGCGAAACCCGACCCGACUUUAUCCGUGGCGUUCGUCGCUCCUCCGGCGAGCCCCGACGGAUGGGUGGCGUGGGCCCUCAACCCGACCGCCACCGGCAUGGUGGGCUCGCAGGCGCUCAUCGCCUUCAAGGACGCCAAUGGAUCCGCCGUCGUGAAGACGUACAACCUCUCCUCGUACGGUCCGGUAGUCGAGUCGCCGAUCUCGUACGGCGUUCUGAGAAAGAGCGCGGAAUAUUCCAGCGGCGUGAUGAGGAUAUUCGCCACGCUGGCGUUGCCGGCAGGUGGUGCCGACGUGAACCAGGUGUGGCAGGUCGGUGCGACGGUUACCGAUGGGGUUCCGGCGAAGCACGCUUUCGCGCCGGACAAUUUGGGUUCGGAAAGCACGUUGCAGUUGUUGAGUAAGUCGCCGACGGCAGGUAAGGCUCCGGCGCCGACACAUGCGCCGGCACCUACGCCGGCACCUGCGCCGGCGAUAGGAUCCCCCACCGGAGGAAGCUCGUUGGUGAAGGGCGGUGGAUUGGGGUUGUUGCAUGGAGUUUUGGUACUACUAGGGGUUUCAAUUUUUGGUUUUUAAUUUUGUUUGUACUUUUACGUAAUUUCCAAAUUUUCGUGAAAAUAAUAUAAAAUAGGACGGAAUAUAUAUAUUUGCGAGUUUCAUUAUUUUAAGAUUUUAUUUAGAGUAAUAUAAAGUAUUUUUUUGUUGUGUAUCUGUAUUUUUUUUUAAUAAUAUUUAUUAUUCUGCCUUUUUUGAGAGGGAAUUGAAAUCACGCGUCGUCUAUUUUAGGUCCCCGGUCAAA